AUGGCAGCAGAUCUCCAACAGCCCCGUUUAUCACUGACCAGGAACGUUGGAGAAAAAGUCCCCAUUACCUGUCAAGGCUUCAGUCAGUGUUCUAAUAAUUAUGUGUUCUGGCUCCAGAAAACAGACACCAAAACAAUCAGAGUGAUUCUGUGGAUUAAUAGGGAGAGUGGUGCCAUAAAUAAAGAUUAUUAUAAUCAUCCUCAGAAAAAUGAUUUCACAGCUGUGAGCAAACAAAACCGCGUUGACCUGCAGAUCCAGAGCGUUAAACUCUCUCAUUCAGCCUCCUACUACUGCACCUGUUGGAAAGCAGCACCCACAGGGUGGAUCUACCUGAUCUUUGGCUCAGGGACCAAACUGUUUGUUUCUGCAAAUCCAGUGGUUCAGCCCGCGGUGAGCAUCUACCCUGCAGCAUCCAGAUCCCCGCUGGAGGAGAAGCGCUCCUUGCUGUGCGUGUCCUCGGCCAUGUUUCCUCCUCUGGUCAGAUUUUUCUGGAGCAGACGACCAAAGAAGAGCGGACGUUCAGAGAACCUGCCCUCCUCUGAUGGACAGCAGCUCAGAGAGUCUGGAUGUAUGGCCUCCAUAUUAGCGGUGGAUCAGAGAGAGAGCGACUCGUAUGAAUACAGCUGCUCUGUGCAGCACGAAACAGGGGAAAAAGAGAAGACUCUGGCUCCAACAGAAUUUCCUACGUUUCCAGAACCGUCAACAUCACUGCCAACAUCUCCAACAUCCUCUCCACCGUCACCUUCACCAUCACUUUCACCAGCUCCUCCAUCUCCAUCACUUCCUCCAUCCCCGUCUCCGUCUGUGUCUGUGUACAAGCUGAGGCUGCUCCUGCUGCUCUACACGCUGCUGAUAGUGAAGAGUCUGGUCUACUGCUGUGGACUCUUCCUGAUGACCGUCCUCAGGAACAAGAGACCGUCCACAGACUGCAGACAGGCUGGGUGACUGUAACCAUCAUCAUCUCAUCAGUUCAUCUCAUUGAUCAUUAUCCUUUUAUUUUUUAUUGUUGAUAUUAAGAUAAAAAAAAUAUAUAC